CUGAAUACAGGCAGACUAACAAAACGACAAUGAGAUUGCCUGUAAAUAAAAUCUUUUUUUUUUUUUGGAUCGAAUCCUGCAAAUAAAAUCUUAUUCAUACCAAUUUUCUUGUCAAACCCAAAUGUAAUUUCGACACGUCUUCAGUCUUCUUUGUCUUCGCCGUGCUUGAAGUUGAUAUAUGGCGGUCUUUGUUGAUUCUCUUCUCUUUGUUUUCAUUUCUUGAGUUGAAUCGUAUUUUACAGCUUCGCAGUCGAUAAUGGCGGCCCCUUUGUCUUCUCCAGUCUUUCCUAUCUCGGCCUCGCGCUCUUCUUUUUCAUCUUCGAAACUAAAGAACUAUAGUUUCAAUUCCGCUUUUUCUUCCUACUCCUUCUGCCCUAUUGGUUACAAUUCUCGCUCUGCUCCUCCAUGUCUUUCUAGGAAGUUAUAUAGAGUCCACGCUAACCUUUUGCAAGAUAAUGAGGACAAAGUGGGAGUGGAGGAGUCCUUUCAGACCAAAACUUCAUCCCAGGAUGAAGUGAAAGGAAGCAGUGGAGAACCAUCAGAGAGCCCAUCUUCCAGUACUUUGGAAAGUUGGGUCAUCAAGUUUGAGCAAUCCGUUAACGUAUUGCUAACGGACUCGGUGAUAAAGAUACUCGACACCUUGUAUCAUGACAGAAAUUAUGCCAGGUUCUACGUUCUAGAAACUAUUGCCAGAGUCCCUUACUUUGCUUUUAUGUCUGUUCUACACUUGUAUGAGACCUUUGGUUGGUGGAGAAGAGCAGAUUAUUUGAAAGUGCAUUUUGCUGAGAGCUGGAAUGAGAUGCACCACUUACUUAUCAUGGAGGAACUGGGGGGAAAUUCUUUGUGGUUUGAUCGCUUUCUUGCUCAACACAUUGCGGUUUUUUACUAUUUUAUGAUUGUCUUUAUGUAUAUAGUAAGCCCAAGAAUGGCAUAUCACUUUUCCGAAUGCGUAGAGAGCCAUGCAUAUUCAACCUAUGACAAAUUCAUCAAGGCUCAAGGAGAUGAGUUGAAAAAGUUGCCUGCAUCCGAGAUUGCUGUAAAAUACUACACUGGAGACGAUUUGUAUUUAUUUGAUGAAUUUCAAACUUCUAGGCCCCCAAAUUCUCGGAGGCCAACUAUAGAGAACCUUUAUGAUGUCUUUCUCAACAUAAGAGAUGAUGAAGCUGAACAUUGCAAGACCAUGAAGGCCUGCCAAACUCAUGGUAACCUCCGGUCCCCUCAUUCAUACCCAGAAGGCGAAUUCAAAGAUGAAGCUAUUUGUGUACUACCUCAAGCAGAUUGUGAAGGUGUUGUAGAUUGUAUAAAAAAAUCUGUCUCAACAAAGCAAAUUUAAUUGUAUGCAUGGGAGAAUUUAUUACAAAGUAGCUAGAACCGUGAAAUAUAGUGAAAAGAUAAACAGUACAGAUCAAUAUAUGUGUAUAGUUUCUCAAUUUUUAUAUAUAUUGAACUAUUGGAAAAAUGAGGAACUUCAUAUUAAUAUUUA